UCGAGACUCGAGGGAACUCUGGAGAAAAGAGAAGGGUAAAAUAGCAAUAUAUACGCAAAGUAGAACCGUCUUUUGCCGAGCGAGACUGAAGCAGAGAGGGUAUCAGAAAGUCGGGGGGAGAUGUUCUUCUUCUUUGUGGGAGGGUUAGAGCAACAGGUGCGUCAGGUGCUGAAAUCGGGUAUGGGCAGAUGUGUAAACUGUAGCUCGCCGGCCGAUCUAGUGGAAUACGACAAGGUGUUGAAGCUCUUCUUUGUUCCCGUUUGGCGGUGGCCAGGCAAGGACCCACUCCUGUAUUGUAACAAUUGCAAGUUCUUCUUCCCGCAAUCUUACUCCUUCCCCUCGCCACCCAAGACCACCCCGUCGUUGCCGGAAGUCUCCGAUAUUUUGCGUUGCCGAUUCUGCGAACGAGUUGUGGAGCCCGACUACAGAUUCUGCCCUUUCUGCGGCUCCGAACUGUCUACAAAGUUAGACGACAAAGUUAUGACUGUCUAUUUAAGACUUGAAUUUGGGAAUUGCCUCUGAUCAAUUUCCCGCAUGGUCGAAAGCGCCGUGGGAUAUGCCAGAUUGGCGGUGACAUGUAAGAAGACGCAUCGCUCGCCCUGAGGUGAAGAGUGAAUCCUUUCUCGUCCUCACUUCCAUCCCAUUUUAUUCAAAUUAAGGAAAAUUUUAAAUUUUAUCAAUUUUAUUUAAAAAAUUAAAGAAUUUUAAUUUUUAUCUUUAAUAAAUAUUUUUAAAUUUUAUUCGUGAUAUUUUUAUUUAAAGUAUUUAAUAAAAAAUAUAAAAAAAAAGUUGAGAUUUGACAAGUGUUUUAUUAAUAUAAUUAAAUUUUUUCUUCUUGUAAAUAAGAUCAGAGCAGAAGUCAUUUUGUGUAUUUUUAUUUCACGAAGAGUAGUCUUGUUGCUCUGCGCUCCUAGGUAUCUCCAUAGUCCACAAUUCCUCAGCGCUCGAAAGUUAAAAAACUCGCUUCGAAGGCGCAUCCGUCUUUGUGACAAAUUUUCUUUCCUGGUUGAGAGUUUAUGCAUUGUUUUCAAGUGUACAUACUAGAUACUCCGUUUUUAUAAGAAUAUAAAUAUAACAAAUAGGCCUUGCAAUUUGUCAUCA